AUGAAUCGUUUUAGUGAUAUUGAUUGUUCAUUUAAAAGAUUAACACCUGUUUAUGGGUUUCGUGUUGCAAAACUUGUUUCAAUUGAAGAAGCAUUACAAUCAGUUCAAUCUCAAAUUGAUGAAUUACCAUAUUUUAUUAAAAUAGCAAAAAAACAUUGUCAUUAUCCAUCAGAACAUGGUUUAACACAUGAUGAAUCAGCAUCAAUUUAUAUUUAUACAAUGGAAUGGGGUGAACAAACUUUAUAUCGGGUUUUAAAUCAAGCUUUGAGAAAUGAAAAUAGAGAUGUAUUAAAAGUAUGGUUUCCUUAUAUCAAACUAUUUGAUACAGCACUGAAUAAAUUACCAACUGCAAAAGAGGUUGUAUGGAGAGGUAUUACUGCAGAUAUUGGAAAAAACUUUACUAAAAAUCAAAUAAUAACAUGGUGGAGUAUUAAUUCAUGUUCAUCAUCAGUUAAUGUUAUUAAAAAAUUUCUUGGAAAAGAAAAGAAUUCUACAAUGUUUUUAAUUGAAGCAUUGAAUGGAAAAAAAGUAUCUAGUUAUACACAAUUUGAAAGUGAAGAUGAAAUCAUUUUAAGAUUGGGAACAGAAUUUCGUGUAAAAAGUAAUGCAUUAGAUCAUCCAAAUGGAUCAUAUCUUGUUCAUUUAAUUGAAAUUGAUGAUGAUGAUAAUAAUCAUACAGCAUUAGCAUCCUCAAUCAAUCAAAUGCAGUUAACAAUAACAAAUCAAAUCAGUUCAAAAUCAAAAUUCAAGAAAUGGAAAGAAAAUGCCAUCACUGUGGCUGGUGGAAAUGGAGAAGGACAAAGAUUAAAUAAACUCAAUUACCCUUAUGGAAUCUUUAUUGAUAAAAACAAAAACAUUUUCAUUGCUGAUCAUUGGAAUCAUCGUAUAGUUGAAUGGAAAUAUACUGCAAAAGUAGGACAAAUCAUUGCAGGUGGAAAUAAAGAAGGAAAUCGAAUGAAUCAACUAAAUAGACCAAGAGAUGUGAUUGUUGAUCAACAAAAUCAUUCGAUCAUCAUUACUGAUGUUGGGAACAGACGAGUGAUUCAAUGGGUGAAUCAAAAUCAACAAAUUCUCAUUCACAAUAUUAAAUGUUCUGGCUUAGCAAUGGAUAAAAAUAGAUUUCUUUAUGUUUCUGAUAGUGUGAAGAAUGAAGUGAGACGAUGGAAAAUGGGUGAAUAUAACAAUGAAGGAAUUGUAGUGGCUGGUGGAAAUGGACAAGGAAAUCAUCUCAAACAACUCCGUACUCCAGGUUCUAUUUUUGUUGAUGCAGAUCAAUCUAUUUAUGUAUUAGAUAGACAGAAUCAUCGUGUGAUGAAAUGGAGAAAAGAUGCAGAAGAAGGAACAAUUGUGGCUGGAGGAAAUGGUGAAGGAAGAAAUCUUAAUCAAUUGUCUUCACCUCAAGGAGUGAUUGUUGAUGAUUUAGGUCAAAUCUAUGUGGCAGAUAGUGUGAAUCAUCGAGUAAUGCGUUGGUGUGAAGGAAAAGAAGAAGGUGAAAUUAUUGUUGGUGGAAAUGGUCAAGGAAAUCAAUCAAAUCAACUAAAUGGUCCUUGUGGUUUAUCUUUUGAUGAUGAAGGAAAUCUUUAUGUUGUUGAUUGUCUGAAUUGUCGAAUUCAAAAAUUUUGUGAAUGA